AUGUUCUUAUUUCCGUUCCCAGGCCUUAACCAAGACUUCACGCUACCCCAAGGUGCCGCUAGGGCCGUGUCUCCCAUUUACUUCGUGCUUCCCAUCGUACUCAUAUUCUCGUUCUAUUAUCUGCGUCGGUCGCCGCCCGAAAGCGGUAAACUCGAACCAGAAAAUGAGAGAAUUGACAGCUCAGAAAGAACUAAAAAAACUCCUGGCGACGAGAGUUUCGCGAAUUUGACGCCAUCAGAAGGCGUUUCGCCAGACGAAGGCAACGCAUCAAACAAGACUCUUCCACCAGCAGCUGAGCCAGGGUUGCAAAUAUUGCACGACUCUGAUGCGCCCAAAAUUGAUAUCGUGGCUGUUCAUGGGCUCGGCGCGAAUCCAGACUACGCCUGGGUCUGGCUGCCCAAGAACAACCCUCCUAACCGUCGCGGAUACCCCGACAAACCUUUUAACUGGCUUCGAGAACUACUUCCAGCUAAGAUAUCCAAGCCAUGUCGAGUUCUAGCCUUCAACUACGAUUCGAGAUGGUUCUGGGACGCCCCUCAACAGAAACUCUCGAGCAUUUCGGACACCCUUCUAGAUAGUCUCCGGAACGAUCGCGAGCAGAACAAAGCUAUUGACAGGCCCUUGAUCUUUAUCGGACAUAGUUUUGGGGGCAAUGUUAUCGAACAAGCCAUCGUAUCCGCAUCCAGACAUUGCUCUCCGCAUCUUUCAAUCUCCGCAUCGACUAUCGGGGUGGUCUUUCUUGGCACGCCUCAUCGAGGGAGCCCAGCCGCAGCAUGGGGAGCAAUAAUUGCAUCUCUUAUGCCGUCCGGUUUGGCUCCUGAAGAUAGGCUACUAAAGGCCUUGGAGAAGCAUUCGGAUUCCCUCGCGGACCGUCUACGCGACUUCUCUGGCUGGCUCUUUUCCGAAUCGGUGCCAGUAGUUUGCGCCUUUGAACAGCUCGUGACAGACUACUCGUCCCGGUUACCUCUUCUGGGGACCUUUGUUCCCUCGAGAACAUUGGUUGUUGACGAAGACAGCGCCUGCAUUGACGGCCAUCACAAAAUAUCGCUACACACCGACCACCUCAAGAUUAACAAGUACUACGGUGCUGACGACCCUUCUUUCAAGUUGAUCUACCCGGAGAUACAACGUAUGGUUGAAGGCACUGACGAGGGACUUAAUCGCCGUCGAAACCCGAAGCCUAUCCCAACGGACGAAACGUCAACAUCCGGAGGACUCCAGAGAUGCCUCCAACGGAUGAGAGUUAAAAAUCCAGAGGAUGUCUUAUCAAAGAUUGAGGCCCAAAAGGGUCAACGAGUAGAGAACACUUGCGAGUGGAUUCUAAAACGCGAGGAAUUCUCUGCUUGGGCUGUUGGAACGAACUCACACCUUCUUCGCCUCAUCGGCUCCCCAGGCAUCGGAAAGACGAUGAUGGCAACAUUUCUCGUGAGAUUCUUGAAGUGCAAGAUUGAAAAAAAUCCCUCAGAGACGUUUAUCCACUUUUUCUGUGAUGAUAAGGAUCAGGAGAGAAAGACACCAACCGCGAUACUGCGAAGCCUCGUGUGGCAGCUUCUGCUACAAAGAAACGAAUUAUUUGAGCAUGUCCAGCCAGAUUUGGAGAAGUACGAAGAGAGCCGUACCUUUGACAGUUUAUUUAAUGAUGUCUAUGCUCUCCGGCGGAUUCUGAAAAACAUGCUUCUGGAUGAGCGUUCAGACAAAGUAUUCGUCCUCAUUGAUGCUCUCGACGAGUGUGAAGCUUCGACUCGUAAGGAUUUACUCCCCCGGAUCCAAAUAAUUUCUCAACUAUCUCCCGCCGGGGAUUCGGGCAAAAUCAAGAUCCUGCUUACCUGCAGGCCCCAUAUAAAUGAUAUCGAGGAUGAGCUACAGGAUGUUGGAACUCAAUUACAAAUGGGCUCUGCCGAGAUAAAUCAUGAUCUGGCCAAAUAUAUUGACGACCGAGUUGAUGAGCUCGCAAAUAGAAAGCACUACCCACUAAGCCUAAAGCAAAAGGUUAUUGAAACCCUGAAACGAGAAUCUGGAAAUACCUUUCUCUGGGUAUCUCUCAUGAUUGCAGAGCUGAAAACAACGCUCAUGCAUAAAGUGGAGGAGAAGUUGAAUCGCCUUCCUCACGGGCUUGACAACACGUACUCUACCAUUCUGGACAGAAUUCCCGACCAAAACAGAGAGAAUGCCCAGUUCAUCUUGCGUUUCAUGGUAGCGGCCUUGCGUCCUUUGAAGAAGACUGAGCUCCAAGCCGCAUAUGCAACUUGGAAGACGAAUUCAAUAUUAAGUGGCGAGGAUAUGCAGCUUUAUUCUGACAUUCUCUCAGUUUGCAGCUCGAUCCUCCAUACAGGCAGUGAGGAUAACGCAACUCUCAACUUCUGUCAUCAGUCUGUGAAAGACUUCCUUCUCGAUGAGCACACAGCCAAUACGUGGUACCAUACCAGCGUGGACGAGGCGAAUAUCCUUAUUUUUAAGGUUUGCUGGAUGUAUUUGAGCGCAGACAAGUUUAGCCAGAGUCGUCUAAAUUUUUGUCAUUGGUCGUUGAGAAUUGACUUUGACCAAACUAAUAAACUAAUAGACCAAAGAGGUAGAUUUUCACUUCAUUUAUUCGUGGAAUAUUCAUACUACGCAUGGAAGCAACAUGCGAUAAGAAGUCAUAAAGCCUUGCUUCGAGACUGGCACAACUUAGCCAUCGAUGUCACUAAAGCACCCGCAUUAAGAGACGCUUUGUUAUAUUGGACAGCUCAACAAGGAUACGAAGACAUGAUCAACUUUUUACUCGACCAGGGCGCUAAUGUCGACGUGAAGAAUGUAUUGGGGGCCACGCCGCUGUUGAAUGCCGCUGAGAAGGGGCAUAACACUAUCGCUAAACUAUUACUCGACCACGGUGCUAGUAUGGAGAUUGAGGAUACAGAUAAGGCCACGCCGCUGUUAAAGGCUGCUCAAAAUGGGCACGAAAUUAUAGCUAAACUGCUACUUGAUCGCGGCGCUAAUAUUAAGGCUACGGAUAAAUUUGAUGACGGGCCGCUGUUAACAGCCGUUGAGCAUGGGCGCGAAACUGUAGUUAAACUCCUACUUGAUCGCGGCGCUAAUAUUGAGGCUAGGAAUACAUCUGAGGUUACACCGCUAUUAAACGCCGCUAGGGGGGGGCAUGAAUCUAUAGUAAAGCUGCUACUUGACCGCGGGGCUAAUAUUGAGGUCAAGAAUAAAAUAGGCGACACGCCGCUAUCAAUAGCUGCGGUCAGAGGGCACAUGGGUGUGGUUAAGCUGCUUGAGCAAUAUUCACGAAGAUAG